CCUGAGUAUCCUGUUGCUCUAAAACUCAUUCUUGCAUAAGAAUUCAGUGCAGAAGCCUAUGCCGAUUUCGAGUCCUGCAUCACGCUUGACAGCCAUCCAUAAGCAAACAAUCAUGUCCGCUCAAGAAGGCACCGACAAAUCCAAGCCCUACAUUCCUCUUGCUGGUAGCGCCGAUGAUGGCUGGUCCAAAGAGGGAGAAGCGACAGCGACCUGCUUCUGCGGCGCCGUACAGCUGAAAUUCCCCGUCGAAAAACCGGGUCUCAUCACAAGUUUCGUCUGCAACUGCACCGACUGCCGCAAGAUCACCGCCUCCAUGUUUGCAUCGAACUUCGUCGUCGCCGACCCUGAUGUAACCCACCUGCGUGGCAAAGACAACCUGACCGUGUUCAGCCAAUCCAAGACCAUUGCCUCGGGGAACACCAUGACCAACUAUUUCUGCUCCACGUGUGGCACGCUCAUGUAUCGCAUCAGCUCCCGCAAUCCAGACAUGCUCGUGUUGCGUAUCGGUACAGUGGACGACUUCCAUUUGCAUGAGACAAAGUUGAAGCCCCAAGUGGAGCAGUUUGUAAAAGACCGGGUUAGUUGGUUGAGUGGCGCGGAGGGAGUUCAGCAGGUCGAGGGGUCUUUUUUUCGCUGAAACUGGCCUCGUCGGUAUUGGUAUGCGCAGGGCUCAAGGGGGAAAGUUGAGUAGGGAUUAGCGCUAAUCUUUCCGGCAAGCUCCUACUAUGGGAGCUUGACUUGCAUCAAAAGCAGAUGCUGGGUACAGAUGAAUGGACCCAUCAGGAAUGAGGAAGCGGGUGACGCAUCGAUUCCCAUAGCCUUGUAUUUAUGAUAACAAAU